AUGGAGGCAGCUAGCAGAGCGUCCUGUAGAACGCAGGGAACGAAAAUAUACAACACAGUGGAUGCAUAUUUUAAGCAGGAAAUACUGCAGGAGCCAGACGUGGCAUCAAAGGAGUCAACUCUGAACAUUUAUUUAUCUCGCAUAAAUAAUGCGCAUCAGAGAUUGUUAAAAGCUGAUGAAAUCGUGCAAAGCAAAGUGACUCAAGAGGAUUGGGCACAGGAAUUUGAAACAGCGUUGGAGUAUGACGAUCGAGCAGUAGGUAUAACUGCAAAAAUUCAGUGUGAAUUGAAAAGGAUAAACAGCAAUUCUUAUGAAGAAGUAUUGCGCAACGAAAAUCCAUCUAGAACAAUCGUUAACAGUGAAACUAAUACAAAAUUGAAGCCUCUGGAGCUUAAGAAAUUUGAUGGAAAUUUGGAAAAUUGGAUGUCAUUCUGGGAACAAUUUAAACAAGCAAUUCAUGAGAAUUCGAAAUUAGAUGCAGCUUCAAAAUUCAACUAUUUAAGUGACGCACUGGUAGGCAAAGCAGCGGCAGCAAUGACGGGAUUUUUGCCGACAGAACGUUGUUAUGAUGACGCCAUAGAAUUACUCUUAGAAGAGUACGGCGAUAGCGACAAAAUUGUAGACAAGUACAUACUGUGA